UCACUCUGCUAAAAACUCAUCUCGUAUCUCUCUCUUUUUCUCUCCUCCAUCCCCAACACUAAAAAGCACAAGAACAAGAACCAAAAAGUAAACAAAGAAAAAGGGGGAAAAUGGGGGUUUUCCUCUCCUUCCUAUAAUGACUCUACACAACUCAAUCCUCUUCUUCCAAGAAGAAGAAGAAGAAGAUGGCUUUGCACUCAAAUAAACACAGAACCCAACGCAUCCAUAGCUCUCUCUUCUUCCUCGACUUCCUCCACUGCACUGAACAACAACACCAUCAAACAGAGCAUCCCAUUUUCCUUAACAAUGGCGGCACCAACGACUUCCCUCUUUCCCAAGAAACAACCCAUUUCCUUGUUAGCGAAGACGAGGAGCUCAGUCAUUUGUUGUCCAAAGAAAACGACCAGAAUCUCCAAACCGGCGCCGUUUUGAAAACCUUGAUUCAAACAGAUAAUGCUCUGUCUCUCGCUAGAACGGAGGCCAUCGACUGGUUGCUUAAAGUUAAUGCCUUUUAUGGCUUCUCCUCUCUCACAGCUCUCUUAGCUAUUAACUACCUUGAUAGAAUCCUCUCUGGUCCUCAUUUUCAAAGAGAUAAGCCAUGGAUGCUUCAACUUCUUGCUGUAACUUGCAUCUCUUUAGCUGCUAAAUUCGAAGAAAUUCGUGUCCCUCUUCUUCUAGAUCUCCAGGUGGAGGAUUCAAAGUACAUUUUUGAAGCGAAAACGAUACAGAGAAUGGAGCUUUUGGUGCUCACUGCUCUGCAAUGGAAGAUGCAUCCAGUAACCCCUGUUUCGUUUCUGGGUAUUAUAAUGAAAGGGCUUGGAAUGAAGAAUCAGUACAUUCAAAGAGAGUUUCUUAGACGCUGUGAGCGUAUUCUUCUCUCUCUCGUCUCUGAUUCGAGAUCGGUAGGGAUUCUUCCCUCUGUAAUGGCGGUAUCAACAAUGGUAAGCGUUGUUGAAGAGAUGGGAAACUGUAACCCAUUGGAGGAGUUUCAAGAUCAUCUUCUUAGUGCCCUCAAAAUAAACAAGGGGAGAGUGAAGGAGUGUUGUAAAGUGAUAAUGGAGGCAAAAGCAAAAGGAUCAAUGAAGAGGAAGCAUGUGGAGGUGGAAGCAGAAGCAGAAGCAGAAGCAGAAUCAGAAGCAGAAGUAGAAUCAUCAGAAACAGAAACAGAAGCAGAAACAGGGAGCCCAAAUGGAGUAAUAGAGGCUGAUUUCAGCUGUGAAAGCUCCAACGAUUCGUGGGAAAUGGGGACAAUUGUGUCAGCAUAUACACAUUUUUCUUCUUCUUCUUCCAAAAGAAUCAGACCCACUCGAUGAAAGUAUUGAAUUAAAACCAAAUUUGCAGAGAUUCAUUAUCAUUAGCCUUCCCCUGUUUUGAAAUGGCAUUUUGGCAAAGACAAAAACAGACACACAAAAAGGAGGGAAAUAUUGAGAUAUGAAAUGAUGAUGAUGAUGAUGAGAGAGAUUGUUCUUGUUCUUCUCUUUCUAUAGCUAACUAAUUAUGUUGUAUAUGAUGAAAUUCAUGAGUAUUUGCUUCUAUUAUAUUCCUCUUUAUUUUGUUA